AUGUCUGCUGAUCCACAGUUGCGGCCGUACUACGACGCCGAUUCGUUCAAUGCGGGAUACUCGGUGAUUUACAAGCCUGGUUUUGGUGUUAUCGAUACCGAUGCCAAUCGAUCCAUCUCGUCUACGCUUUCCACAACCGCCAAAGGUGGCACCGUUUCCGAGUUCGUGCUGAAGGCUGUCCAUAAUGCUAACUCUUCGCGCUUAGCUACAUCCCAGGUGGGUAUUGGCCUCAAGAAGCAUGCGCAUCUUGGGACCAAGAACGUGUACUCGGACUUGGAGUUCCUGGAGUACUUUGAGAUCCAGAACAUCAACGACCUCGCGCGCAAGCUCUUGAACAGUUUUGCCAAGAACUACAUGCGCGUGUUGACAUCGCAGCCGUUUGAAAUCUGCCGGUUACUUCUUCAGCUCGGGGCUUUUGACCACAAGAAGUCGGUGACGUCGCUCUACGUAUCACAAACAGCGACUGAUGACGAGAACUCAGACGAUGAGGAAAUCAACUACUUUUUGGCACCAGGCGACGAAACUCCCACGAGACUGCGCGCAAGAAGACCUUCACGGGUAGAAAGGCUCCCUACCAACCUCAACCACAUCAACCCGCUUACCCACACAACUGUGGACAUUAUUUCCUCGCUCUUCGCAAAGGAAGGUAUGAAGGGCUUGUGGCGCGGAGUCAAUGCGUCGUUCAUCUACACAACCCUUUCAUCGACCAUCGAGGCGUGGAUCACCGGAGUGUGUUCGCCGUUCCUCCAGAUCCCCGACCCGUACUUUUUGCAGAUCACUGACUCGCCCGACCCGAUGAAGUCCUUGCUUUUGAGCGUGGUAGCCGCGGUCUUGACUGGCCUCAUUCUCGCGCCAUUGGACUUGAUUCGCACCCGGCUUAUCAUUACAUCCACCCAGACCAGGAUGCGCAGCAUCCGUGAGAUGAUCAGUGGUUUGAAGCACUACUACGUGCCGCUUCCGUUGAUGGUGCCGACUGCGUUGUUGUCUGUCGUGGGCACGGUGUUCCGUAAGGCCACACCGUUUGUGUUGUUCACUAAAUGCAACAUCGACGCGUACUCCUCGCCCGUGGCGUUCUCCACCAUGAAUUUGUUUGCCAGCAUCUCCGAGUUGGUCAUCAAGUUGCCUCUUGAGACCGUUUUGCGUAACCUCCAAGCAAGCUACUUGCUUGGGUCAGAGAACUUCCACCCAUCCCUCGCCACUGACUCCGAGGAUUUGGUCGUUAACUACAAGCCGAGACCGUUUUGGGAGAUCGGGGUCAGGAACUUCUUCAAUGGUUGGAGGGUCGGCGUGUUGAAUGUUGUCGGGACCUGGGGGUUGGACAUCUUGCGCAGCACCAAUGACCAACGCGAGGAGAAGCUAUAG